UUCACAGAUGUAUGCUUUUGUUGCUCUCCAUCGUGGUCUCUCUUGCUCUCAAAUCUUCUGUCCUUUCUUUCUCGCAAAAUCCGGCCGAAGCAAACCCAGUUCUUUGCUUUUUUUCUAGAUGUUUGCACCCUCCAUCUUCUGAGGAGUGGUUGAUUUCUUUGGAACCUCUUCAAAGCUAGGUUUGUCAGCGUUUGUGCAAACCUGUGGUCGUUGUAUCGAUCUUGCGAUCCUUGCCGAAAAAAGUUUACAAUUCAAUUCUAUUUUACUUUCCGACGGCAGAAUUGGGAUCGGACUCCAAGAGUUUGUGUGUUUACCCUUUUCAAGGGGUUGUGAAAGAUUAUGUGGACUUUGGAGAUAUGAGUUACAAAUGUAUUCAUUGUGGUGCUUUUUUUUGGUUGAAAGAAUCUCUUAAACAAAAGUGUAAAAAAGAUGAACCGAUUUUUACCCUUUGUUGUCAACAAGGAAAAAUUCAAUUUUCAACUCCAAAACCAACACCGAAAUUUUUAGAUUUGUUGCUUGAUCCAACUGCAGGUCAAAUAAGUUUAUCAUUUCGGGAAAAUAUUAGAGCUUACAAUUCUAUGUUUUCAUUUACAUCAAUGGGAGCCAAAGUUGAUCAUUCAAUUAACAAUGGAACAAGCCCUUACAUUUUCAAAAUUAGUGGUCAAGUUUGUCAUUUGAUGGGAUCUCUUUUGCCUGCUGAUAAUGAGGCUCCAAAAUUUGCUCAAUUGUAUGUUUACGAUACAUAUAAUGAGGUACAAAAUCGUCUCAAAGCUUUUGACUGUGGUGAAAACAAUAAAAAACUUGAUCCAAGAAUUGUUGAAGGUUUAAUCAAAAUGUUUGAUGAAUCGAAUGAGUUGGUUAAACUUUUUCGAACGGCAAGGGAUAAAUUUGAAAUUGAUGGUCUCAUUUCUGUAAAAAUGACAUUGUUGGGAAGGCAGACAAAUUAUGGUAAACAAUAUGACCAACCAAUGUGUGAUGAAAUAGGCGGUUUAAUAGUUGGUGACAUAGGCCUAUUUGAUUCUAAUAGAGAUAUUAUUAUAGAGUCUAAAAGCGAAGGGUUAAAACAUGUUACAAAAUUAAAUCCAAAAUUUAUGUCUUUAUAGUAUCCUAUUCUUUUUCCAUAUGGUGAAGAUGGGUAUAGACCAAAUUUAAAAUGGAAUGAAAAUUAUAACGGCCAAAAAAGUAAAAGACAAAGAGUGCCUAGGAGAGCUUUUAUAGCUUAUCAAAUUCAAGAACGACAACCAGGGUUAACUACAUUGUUAAAAGGGGGCAGACUAUUUCAACAAUAUUUGGUAGACUCUUAUGCAACACUUGAAGAAGAUAGAUUGGAUUAUAUCAGGCAAAAUCAAAAAAAUUUAAGGAGUGAAAUUUACAAAGGAAUUUAUGAUGCAGUGUUAAAAGGUGAUAAUGAUGCAAACAAUUUAGGACAAAAAGUUGUGUUGCCUACUUCGUAUAUAGGAAGUCCUAGAUAUAUGAUUAAUAAUUAUCAAGAUGCUAUGGCAAUUUGUAGAGAAUAUGGACAUCCCGAUUUGUUCAUAACAUUUACUUGCAAUGUUAAAUGGCCAGAAAUCAUAAGACAAUUUUAAAAAAAACCUGGAUUUAAACCUGAGGAUAGACCUGAUAUAAUUUCCAAAGUGUUUAAAGUUAAACUUGAUGACAUGCUUGAUUUUAUCAAAUCUGGAAAACCUUUUGGAGAAGUUCAAGCAAGUAUCAAAAACUCAUUCUUCUGCUUAUUUUAGUUGUUUUUAAUUUUUUGUUGUUAUCAAACUGACUUUUUUUGUUUUCUUUUCUUUUGAUUUUAUGUUACAAACAGAUGUUUGUACAAUUGAAUUCCAAAAAAGAGGUUUGCCUCAUUCUCAUAUGUUAAUAUGGUUGAAACCAAAUUUUAAGUGUUUUUUACCAUCAGAUAUAGAUUCUAUUAUUUCAGCUGAAUUGCCAGAUAAAAUUGUUGAUCCACAACUUUAUGAAAUUGUUAAUCAAUUUAUGAUUCAUGGACCAUGUGGUCAUGUUAAUCCAAACUCUACUUGCAUGCGUGAAAAUAAAUGUUCUAAAAACUUUCCUAAGCCAUACAAAAAUGAAACAGUUUUUGAACCAAACGGUUUUCCAGUUUAUAGGCGUCAUGAUGAUGAUGCAAAUUUUGUGAUAAAAAAUGGAAUAAAAAUUGAUAACAGUUUUGUGGUUCCUUAUAAUGCAGAACUGCUUUUGAGAUACAAUGCUCAUAUAAAUGUUGAAUGUUGUUGUCAAUCUAUGCUCAUAAAAUAUUUGUUCAAAUAUAUUAAUAAAGGUUCAGAUAGAGCACGAUUAGCUUUUCCAAAAGAUCCAAAUGAUGAAAUAUUAGCAUAUCUCAAUUGUAGAUACAUAUCACCUUAUGAAGCCGUUUGGAGAUUGUUUCAAUAUUCUAUACACCAUAGAGAGCCUUCUGUUGAACGAUUAUCAGUGCAUUUACCAUUCGAACAAAAUGUUGUUUUCAAUGGUGAUCAAUCACUGCAGUCAAUUAUUAAACAAAAAGCUUUUGAACAUACAAUGUUAACAAGUUGGUUCGAAACAAACAAGAACUUUGAUGAGGCACGUUCACUAACUUAUGCACAAUUUCCAUCAAAUUUUUUGUACGACACACGCCAAAAAUCUUGGAAGCCAAGGAAAUUUAAAGGAUCGAUCGGCAAAAUAGCAUAUGUACAUCCUGCAUCUGGUGAGUUGUAUUAUUUAAGAAUGCUUUUAAAUUUGAAAAAAGGUGCAUUACAUUUUGAUGAUCUAAAAACUGUAAAUGGUGUUGUACAUACUUCAUAUCAUUCUGCAUGCAAAUCAUUAGGAUUGUUAGGUGAUGAUAAAGAAUGGAUUGAAGCUUUGUCAAGUGCUGUAAAUGUGGCAUUGUCUGCUCAAUUGAGACAAUUGUUUGUUACAAUAGUUUUGUUUUGUGAUGUAGGAAGUCCUCAAAUUCUUUUUGAUAGUCAUUGGAAAAAUAUGUAUGAUGACAUUUUAUACAAAUUGAGAAAAACUUUUGCAAUUCCAGAUAUGAUUAUACCAGAAGAUGAGUUAAAAAAUUCUGUAUUAUUUGAACUAGAAAUACUUUUUAAUAAUGCAUCUACCUCUUUGAAUAAAUGUCAUUUACCAAUGCCUGAUGCACAAAAAAUGUUAGAAAUAAAAAACAAACUUAUGAGAGAAGAGUUAAAUUAUUAUUGUCAAGAAUUAUACAAAAAACAUACACUUUUAGUAUCACAACUUAAUGAAGGUAAAAAAUAUGUGUAUGAUUGUGUUAUAGAUACUGUAAACAGUAAAAAACCAGGAUUAUUUUUGUCUAUGGUCAUGGAGGCACUGGAAAAACCUUUUUAUGGGAUGUAAUUACAAGUAAGCUUAGAUCUGAAGGCAAAAUUGUUCUAGCUGUAGCAUCAUCAGGAAUAGCAUCAUUAUUAUUACCAGGUGGUAGAACAGCUCAUUCCAGAUUUAAAAUUCCCUUGACUAUUACUGAUUCCACAAUUUGUCCAAUAAAAAAGAAUACUCAUCUUGCUGGAUUAAUUCAAAAAAGUGAUUUAAUUAUAUAGGAUGAAGCACCUAUGAAUCAUAAAUAUUGUUUUGAAGCAUUGGAUAGAUCACUUUCUGACAUUUUAUCACAUCUAAAUGUUUCAAAUAAUAAUGUUCCAUUUGGUGGUAAACCUCUUUUAUUAGGUGGUGAUUUCCGACAAAUAUUACCUGUUAUUCCUGGAGGAACCAAAGAAGAUAUAAUAAAUGCUUCUUUAAAUAGUUCUUAUCUAUGGUCAAAUUUUAAAAUUUUUUGUUUAAAAGAGAAUAUGAGAUUAUCAAGAACUGGAUUAAGCGUUGAACAAAAAAAUAAGUUGAUUGAUUUUGCAAAUUGGAUUUUACAAAUAGGUGAUGGAAAAAUUAAUAAUGCAAGUGAUAUAAACAAUUCGAAUGAUAAAGAUACAUCAUUGAUUGAAAUACCUGAAGAUCUAAUAAUUCAUUCUUCUACAAAUCCAAUUUCUUCAAUUUUUUUUGCAACAUACCCCAAUUUUGAAAAUUAUUUUGACAAUUUUGUUUAUUUAAGAGAACGAGCUAUUGUAACACCUAGAAAUACAACUGUUACAGAUGUAAAUAAUUAUAUAAUUGAUUUAUUACCUGGAGAGCAGCAUACAUUUUUAAGUUAUGAUUCUCUAUGUUCUUCAAGUGGAAAUGUAGAAAAUCUGGAAACAAUGUAUCCUGUUGAGUUUUUAAAUAAACUUGACUUCAAUGGUUUGCCUACACACAGUUUGGUUUUAACAAUAGGAAUGCCAAUUAUGCUAUUACGAAAAUUAAAUUAGUCUUUGGGUUUAUGUAAUGGAACUAGAUUAGUUGUUACUCAAUUAUUUAAUAGAAUUAUUGAAGCUAAAAUACUUGCUGGAACUAAUAUUGGCCACAAAGUGUUCAUACCAAGAAUUACUCUUACAGCUACUGAAAAUAAGUGGCCUUUUAUUUUCAAAAGACGACAAUUUCCAGUUAGACCAUGUUAUGCAAUGACAAUUAACAAAAGUCAAGGACAAUCUUUGAAACAAGUUGGAUUAUAUCUUCCUGAACCUGUUUUCACCCAUGGUCAAUUAUAUGUUGCAUUGUCUAGAGUCACAUCAAGAGAAGGCUUAAAAUUUUUGAUAGGAAAUGGAGAAAAUCAUGUAAAUAACUAUACCACAAAUAUAGUGUUUAAAGACGUACUGCAAAAUUUACAAUCAAGUUGCUAGCUUUGUUAAUGAAUGGCUAAAUUUUUUUGAAUUCGUUAUAUACAAUUGAAAUCAUAUAUUUAUACUUUUAUAAAUUU